ACUCGAACUAAUCUGUGAUUAGUACUUCUUCGUUGCGCAGUGUUUUUAUUAUUUAAAUUAUUUUAUCAAUUUAAUCAAAUGGUUAACGCUUGGUAUAUGGAUACUGAACAGAAUGACCAGCGGUUGGAGCACCACAAGAAUCCUCCGCAGUUUGUUUCUUUGAAGCAAUUGUAUGAAAAAACCGGAGUGGAAUACUUCAGCAUCAAUGUUGACACAUACCUAACUGACGGAGUUCUUGAUAAAAUAAAGAAGGAAAGAGGAUACACAUAUGAAGAUGACAUCACCUGCUCCAAGGAAUGUCUUCCCAACUACGAGGAGAAACUCAAGUCAUUCUUUGAGGAGCAUUUACACACUGAUGAGGAAAUCAGGUUGGUGCUGGAUGGCUCGGGCUACUUUGAUGUGCGAGAUGGGGACGAGCAGUGGAUCAGGAUCCAGGUCACGGCUGGUGACAUGAUCGUCAUCCCCAGCGGCAUCUACCAUCGGUUCACAUUGGACACCAAUAACUUCAUAAGAGCCAAACGCUUCUUCAUAGGCGAGCCGGUGUGGCUGCCGUACAACCGGCCCGCGGACGAGGUGCCGGCGCGACAGGACUACCUGCGGAGACUCAAGGAGGGGUUCCCGGUCGCCGCUAAUUAGAUCAUGCUGUAUGUGAUGUGGGCAGGAAUGUAAGAAGUGUCUUGCGGUUUGUACAAAUGUUAUUAUGCCAUUGGGAACAAUAUUUAUGAACAAUAUAUAAGUUAAUAUUGUUUGUAUAGUUAAGUUUUUGAAUAUUUUGAAGAAUACUGAUGCUUUUACCUGUA